GACGAGCUCGCUUCACUUCGCCGCCGCCGCUGCAGAACCCGGAGCUUCAACAACAACCGUAGCGACUGCUCUGAGAUGGACCGGACCCUGGUACCAGGCCUGCUGGUUCUGGCCUCGGCGCUGCCCUCCGCAGAGGCGCUGAGCAUCUCCGACCCGCAGCUCUGCUACAUCCUGGACGGCUUCCUGGGCCUCUACGGCCUCAUCAUCACCGGCAUGUUCAUCAAGGAGAAGUUCUUCAGAACCAAAGGAAAGGGAGGAGAGGACAACCUCUACGCUGGUCUUACCCGGCCCACCAAUGACACCUACGCACCUCUGAACCCGGAUCCAGAGAGACCAGAUAAGCGCAGGCAGAACCGCGUGAGGGAAGAUGACACGUACACGGGUCUGGGUCCACGGGCUGAUGCGACCUAUAAAGAACUUCCUGUUCGGAGAGAGCGCCAGAGGAAGAACGACCAGGUCUACCAGGGUCUGAGUGCGGCCACCAGAGACACCUACGACGCCCUGCAGAUGCAGCCACUUCCCGCUCGCUAA